CAGCCACCGACCCGGAACCAGCGCACCCACACCAUGGCCGGCCCCAGCCUCGCCUGCUGCCUGCUCGGCCUCCUGGCGCUGACCUCCGCCUGCUACAUCCAGAACUGCCCCCUGGGCGGCAAGAGGGCCGCGCUGGACCUCGACGUGCGCAAGUGCCUCCCCUGCGGCCCCGGGGGCAAAGGGCGCUGCUUCGGGCCCAGCAUCUGCUGCGGGGACGAGCUGGGCUGCUUCGUGGGCACGGCCGAGGCGCUGCGCUGCCAGGAGGAGAACUACCUGCCGUCGCCCUGCCAGUCGGGCCAGAAGCCUUGCGGGAGCGGGGGCCGCUGCGCCGCCGCCGGCAUUUGCUGCAGCCCGGACGGCUGCCUCGCCGAUCCCUCCUGCGACCACGAGGCCGCCUUCUCCCAGCGCUGAGCCGAGCGGCCCCGGACCCUGUCGGAGCGCACCCUUCGUCCCCUCCAUAGCCACCUCCAGAAAUAAUGAAAAUAAAAUAAAGCAGAUUUUUCCCUCUCCAA